ACUGACAACUCAUGGGGCCCCUGUGUUCUUGCCCAAACUCAAAAAAGCCUCUAUAGACUAUAUCAGGGGCUGACUGACAACUCAUGGGGCCCCCGGGCAAUAGGGGAUCAUGGGGCCCCUGUGUCCUUGCCCACACCCAAAAAAGCCUAUAAAAAAGGUGCCAGGGGCAUUUCAUGGGUCCCCCUACUGACCCUGGGCCCUCGGGCAGUGCCCGAGUGCUCGAAUGGUCAGUCCGCCCCU